AUGGUAGCGGCCCAAGAAUCGACAAUUAUCGUCUGUUUCUCCUCGGCGCCAGCCUUACAGUUUGGCAGUUGGCUGCAAGAUAUCCUGGGAGAUGGACUCGAGGACAAAACGCUUGCGCUUCGAUUUAUUGUGCCUUGCGGUCUAUUUAUGGCAGCUGCUAAUGUGGCUGCGUAUGCACACGCUAUGCUUUACAGACAUCAGGAAGAGGCCGUGAUGCGUCCGGAAACUAUGGAGGAGAUUUUACAUUCCCAAUUCUCCGCCGAGUGCUCAUCGCGAAUUAAACUUGAGCGGGGAUGGACGUUACUGGGAGGCGUCUUUUUUGGGUUCAGCUGUCUCCUAGGCCUGGUAUGCCAUUCAUACUAUUCGAUUACGUCGCUUAAAUUGAAUACCAAAAAGAUGAGGGAGCUAUCGAAAGCAUUAUUACUCUCAAUGUCAUGCCAGAUUACUACUUUCUUUUUAACUCUAACGCUACCGCUGAUUGUUUUAAUGGCGAAAUACGGUGACGAGGAUAUUUACAAAUAUU